CUCGGAUGACCUCCCUUUGUCUCUUCCUAAAGAGCUGCUUGAGCGAUUUAAAGGCAACCAGUUUACAUCCAACGUUCAUUGACGACUAAAUCAGCUUGGACGAUCUCAACUUGGCCUGGCUCAACGUUCAACUCCGACGGCCAUCUUAUUAGACCUGUGCCCGAGGCACCCCUAGCAUUGGCUUUCGGCACCCAUCGUGUGGGACUCACACGAGGUAAAGGCGUGUAUUGUGGCUAGUACCCUACACAGUGUUAUAAAGCGGAUCCACCCAUACCUUUUCAAGCUUUGGUGACAAACACGAGGCUCCAUUCACUCCGUAGAGCACAUACUCAUGUCAUCCCCGUCGUCACACAAUGAGGUUCAGCUCUCCAGAGAGUUCCUCCUUAACCUCCUCGAUGCACUCUCCAUACUCGUCUUUCAAGAGUUCGGUUGCCAAAUCCGCCUAUUCAUUCAUGGUGGCGCAGUGAUGAUUCUACAUCCAAACCUCUCUGAAUCCAGUUCUCGACGAACUACCAGAGAUAUCGACUAUAUCCGCCGUGCAUUCGGGCAUGAGUGGCGAAAGCGAGGGGUCAAUGACGCUGAAGAGCGCUUACAGCGCUGCAUUAACGCCGUUGCCGCUAAGUUUCAGAUUGGCACCGACUGGAUGAAUGCAGAUCCCGACGUUGCCCUCCCAUUCGCCCACAACUCACAAGGACUGUUAUACGACCCCAUCUACCACGACUCCAAGCAGCCGAACAACAUUGCUAUGAACACUGUCUACCAAAAACAGGGCCUUGUUAUCAUUAGCGUCACUAUGUUUUGGGGUGUUGCUCUCAAGCUCGUACGCUACAAGAAAGAAGACCCUACUGACAUCGUAGCCAUGUUGCGCCACGGCACGAAACUCAAUGGUGUCCAGUGGACGCCCCACAUCAUGGAGACAUGGAUUAAGACACUGUGCUGGCCCAUGGGCUACAAUACCUAUAAACCCCAACAAGCGCAGGAACUACGAAACCGUAUCCGCGAUGCAGUGCACCAGCUGCAAAUAUCACCUGACAAUUCGCCAGAGGAGUCAUCCCACAUGGCGCUCGUCACAUCAGCCGCGCAACCGCAUCAUCCUGUGUCAUUCACCACGCGCUCUCCUACUGCGCUCUCCUCGUUGUAUACGAUGUCGAGCAGCUUAGCCCCACACUCGUUCUCACAGCCGCCAUCGGCGUCCUCGUUACGUUCUCUUUACACAUCGUCCCACAGCGUAUCGCCUCCCGCAUUCAUGGGGGAGCGCACGCGCCGGUCAUCGAUGAAUUCCGCACGACACCAAACCUUUUCACCGCCCGUACCAUUGGCAUUCACCUCAUCACAAUCAUCGCAUACUAUCUCUCAUCCGACCUCACAUUCUCACCUGUCCUCGCAUUCUCACUCGCCCCCGCAUUUUCACCUGUCCUCGCAGUUUCAACCGCCCCCACAUUCUCACCUGUCCUCGCACUCUCACUCACCCCCACAUUCUCACCUGUCCUCACAUCCUCACCCGCCCUCGCACUCGCAAAGCCCAUUCCGUAUGCCGGAACCCUGGGUAACGCCUUUGCCAUUGCUUUUUCAGCCCAUGCCAUCUGGCACCGCCUUCUGAUUCGACUAGCAUAAGUACCUAGACUGCAACAGAACUCGGAUUUGUAUCCGGUGUACCAAGUACCGCACAAGUCAUAUAACCGCAUCCUAUUAGUUCUAUACGCCAUCCUUUAAGUUUUAAACGUUUUCCUGUCCAAAAUUUCGUUCUUCGAUAUUGCUAUCUAUACACGUCUAUAUGUUUGAAGUUAACUGAUAUGUACGAUAUCGUAUUCCACUCUGUAGGAUGUAGCUCAGGGUAGCUUAGAGAGUUGCAAAACCAGUCGUUGACGACGUACGCUUAGCUAGAUCAGCACCUGCAACGAUGGACAUCACGGAGAGCGCGUUCAUACGUUACAUGUAGG